GGCCGGCAUUGGGCUCAAGCAACCCCAAACUUCAUACACUCCUCCAAUUCCGUCUCUCUCCAUCAUGGAUCGUGCUCCUCUUCUCUCAAUCAGAACAGAAACUUGUGGAACCUAUGAGACACCCUCGCCGCCUUCCCCGGACCCGAACGAGACCAACCAGAUCGUCCCAGCCAACAACAGCAUGCCCUCCAUCGAGCAACAGAACUGGAAGGAUCCGUCCAUCUACAAGGUCCCCGCCCACAUCACCAUCCUCAGACCUGAGGCCUACCAGCCGCAGGUUGUCUCUUUCGGCCCCUACCACCACGACAAGGACCAGCUCCGUCCAAUGGACAAACACAAGCGCCGCGCACUCCAACAGUUCCUCGAUCGAUCCAAGAAGUCCGACAAGCCCUUCUUCGAGUCCCUGAGGAAGGUGGAGCAUGAGCUCAAGGACAGUUACGACGAGCUGGAUCGGAAGUGGAAGGAGUGCACGGGAGACCAGUUCCUGGAGUUGAUGAUCAUGGAUGGCUGCUUCAUGCUCGAGAUCAUGAGGACCACGAUAGAGGAGAAGCACACGAUAGGGGAGAAGCAUGGCUAUGCGCCCAACGACCCCGUCUUCAGCAUCGACAGGCUAAAAUACAGACGGUCGUUCAUAACGCGGGACAUGUUGAUUCUGGAGAAUCAGCUGCCGAUGCUAGUGCUGUAUGAGCUGGUCGCCAUCGAGAGCGAUAACAAGAAGGACCAGGAAGACGUCAACAGGCUCAUCCUCAAGUACUGCUCUGCAACAGAAAAAAAGUACUGCUCUGCGACAGAAAAAAAGUACUGCUCUGGCAGGCCCAUCGGCAAAUGCCUGCAUGUCCUGGACGUCUUCAGGAAGGGUCAGCUGAUGAUGACUACCAAGAAGGUCCAGCACGACCUGGAAAAUGUGGGGCUUCAGGCCACCGAGGAGAUAAUCCGGUCGGCCAAUGAGCUCCACAAGGCCGGGAUCCAGUUCAAGACGAGCCCGACCGGCAGUCUCGAGGACAUCUCCUUCACCGGAGGGGUCCUGAGGCUCCCCGUUAUCAAGGUGGGGGACCACACCGAGUCCAUGUUCCUCAACCUUAUGACUUUCGAGCGCUUGCACAUCGGGGCUGGGAACGCGAUCACAGCCUACGUCACCUUCAUGGACAACAUCAUCAACAGUGAGCAGGAUGUCGCACUGCUCCACGCCGAAGGCAUCAUCCAGAAUGCCCUCGGGAGCGACAAGGCUGUCGCCAAGCUAUUCAACUCUCUGUGCGAGGGAGUGCCGCUCGCAUCCAACAGCAGCCUUGACGCCGUGCAAGAGAACAUCGGUAUGCACUGCGAGACGCGCUGGAACAAGUGGAAGGCUCAUCUCAACCGAGACUACUUCGGGAGUCCUUGGGCUAUAUUGUCUCUCAUUGCCGCCAUCUUCCUCUUCAUCCUCACCAUAAUUCAGACUGUAUAUGCCGUGCUCGGCUAAAUUUGAACCCUCCCGUUGCCUUCGUAUAAUAAUUUCUUUUUUCCAUUUUUAGGUUUUUCUUCUAAUGGCUGAUGCUCGAUAAUUAUCUGGUGAUUGGUUGUUGAUUGUUGUCAUGAAUAAUUGUCCUCCUGUUUUUAGUCGUGCUUAUUUCCUUCUCUAAAUGUUUUGAACGAUGGACAUUUUGGAUGUUUAUGUAUAUCAUUAUCAGAUGAUUCUCUUGUUUCA